AGGGGCUAAUGGCAAAUGGUGAAAUGAAACUGAACACGAUGAACUAGUACUUUACGGGCGUCACAGGAAGUGUAUUCAGGAACUUAAAAUUGGAUCUUCGUUUUAGAACUUGGCCCCCGAACCCUAGUCCUUCUGCUUCUCUUCUCUUCUCUUCGUUCCUAUCUUCCAUCUUCAGCCGCUGAGCACCCCUCUCUUCGCAGCACGACCCCUCUAUUAUGUUCUUGGCGUUCAGCUGCUGAGCCACCCCUCUCUUCGCAGCACGUCAAUAUCUCAGGCAGACUCCUCUCUUCACACGCAGCCCUCGCUAGGGUUUACUCAGCUGUCCUUGAGUUCUGAUCCUUGCUAUUGAUCUUGAGAGUGGGCUGCCAAUGUUGUGAGAGAAAGAAGGGGAAGGGUGGUUUGAAUUGAUUAAAGGAAAGUAGGUUUUAAAGAGGAGAGAGAAAAUGCCUCUUUAUGAUUGUAUGCUUCUGCUAAAGCCCCACAUAGAGAAGGUGGCUCUUAUGGACCUGGUGGCUCAAGUUGGAAAACUUGUCUAUAGAAGAAAUGGAGUUGUUAGUGAUAUUAAGUCUUUUGGGAGUAUACAUUUGGGCUAUGGUAUCAAGAAACUUGAUGGAAGAUAUUACAAGGGUCAACUGAUGCAAAUGACUAUGAUGGUGACCCCCAACUUUAACAAGGAACUCCACUACCUCAAUAAGGAAGACCGCCUGCUGCGUUGGCUUCUAGUGAAACAUCGCGAUACCAAAUAUGGACUCGAAUUUGUAACCGACUCUUCAAAAGAUUAUCACCAAUUCCGAAGAAGUGGUAUGUAUGAAGAUGAUGAUGAUGAUGAUGAAGAUGAUGAUGACGACAGCGACUAUGAAUUAGAUGACGAAUCUCAGGCCUAAGCCUUUUUACUAGGCUGCAACUCAAUGAAAUAACAAGCAAGGAGUGGAAUAGCUCUCGAAAGAAGCGGCAAGUCAUGAGAAGGAAAAAUUUCGUACGUGCCCCUCCUUUAUUUAUCUUGCUAUGAGGUAUUAAUUUUUAUAAGUAUGUACUACCUGUUGACAUAUCUCUUCUUUCGUCUUUAUUUUACCUGGUUAACUACCCCAGAUAAUGACUUUUACCUCAAUAACUCGUUCCUCAUCUCCUGCGUUUUUUUUUAAAAGGAGAAGAGAGAGGAUUGCUACAAGAAAUUACAUAUUUAUUUCGGUAAAUUAUUUGGGGAAAGAUAAAAGGAAGGGGAAUGAAGAGACAAAGGGGCGAGAUAAUAUAUGUAUGCUUUUAAAAAUUAAUAUUGUGAGAAAGGUUAUUAUGAAAUUGAAAGCUUUUUUGAGGAGCUUGUACAAAA